AUCGCGUCUCGCACUCUCCCUCGCUGUCGCAGGUAGUACAGCCCAACUACCACCGACGAUGCCGUCCCCCUUCCUCACUCCCGGCUCCCACUCGAGCCUCGACCAGCUCGCCCUCCUCCACCUCCGCCGCGACCAUGCCAUCCCGACGGUCCUGUGCCUGCACGACGAGGACAACGCCGGCUACAAGGAGGGCAAGGUGACGACGACGCGCUUCGGUUCCUUCCCGCACAGUACCCUCACCGACCAGCCCUGGGGCUCGCAGAUCGGUGCCUCCAAGGUCGACACGGGCUCGCGCCGUGGCCGCGGCCCCCAGAAGAAGAACCACAAGCUCAAGCGCAAAGCCGAGGAGCUCGACUCGGCCACCACCACGACGCCAGGCGACGGCGAUGCUCCCCAGGCCGCUGUCGCCGCCUCCAGCGGCUUCCUACAUCUCGUCUAUCCCACCCCCGAACUCUGGACCACCUCCCUCCCCCACCGCACCCAGGUCGUCUACACCCCCGACUACAGCUACAUCCUGCACCGUCUACGCGCCCGCCCCGGCACCACCAUCAUCGAAGCCGGCGCCGGCAGCGGCUCCUUCACCCACGCCUCCGUCCGCGCCGUCUUCAACGGCUACCCCUCCGACCCCUCCGCCUCCAACAACACCAAGAAGCGCCGCCUCGGCAAGGUCUGCAGCUUCGAGUUCCACGAGCAACGCGCCGCCAAAGUCCGUCAAGAGAUCACCGAGCACGGCCUGGACGGCCUCGUCGAAGUCACCCACCGCGACGUGUACCGCGACGGAUUCCUCCUCCAACAGCCCAAGACCGGGCCCUCCCCCAAAGCCAACGCCAUCUUCCUCGACCUGCCCGCCCCCUGGCUCGCGCUCAAACACCUCGUCCGCCACCCCGCCGACGGCAGCGAAUCGCCCCUCGACCCCUCCUCCCCCGUCUACCUGUGCACCUUCUCGCCCUGUCUCGAGCAAGUCCAACGCACCAUCAGCACCCUCCGCCAGAUGUCAUGGCUCUCCAUCUCCAUGGUCGAAGUGAACCACCACCGCAUCGAAGUGCGGCGCGAAAGGACCGGACUCGAGUAUGAGCGCAUCCGCGGUGCCGUCGUCUUCCCCAAGGAUGUCGAUGAGGCCGUCGUCAGGAUGCGCCAGGUCGAGGACCAUUCCCGCAAGUACCGCGAACUGAUGCUCAAGAUGGAUGACGAUGAGACCACGCCUAUCCCCCCGUCUUUGGCCAAGAAGACCGGCCCCGAAGAUAAAGAUCUCGCUGCCUCCGAUAUCCCCACAUACAAGCAAGGCCGUCUGGUCCAUCGCUCCGAACAGGACCUGAAAACACAUACCUCCUACCUCGUCUUCGCUGUGCUUCCCCGUGACUGGACGGAGGAGGACGAGCGGAAGUGUCGCGAGAAGUGGGCCCCUCAUCAGGUCGACGUCGUCUCGAAUGAGAAACCCAAGGGAAAGAGGCAGUUGAAGCGGGAGAAGAAGCAGGCCGAAGAGCAACAGGAGGGUCAGAAAGAGGAGACUGCCGAUGCUGCUGCUGAAAACGCGUAAUAGAGACAUGCUCGCAUGGCCGGGUAGAUUAUAAAAGGAUUUCUGUCUUCUUUUUCUUUUUUUUAAUUGUUUUUAAGUUGUACAGGUUGUAUAUCAUACACUUUUUACUCUCGCUUGGUGUGAAUUCAUAGCGGAAUUUGAA